ACGAUAUUUUUUCUUUUUAAGUUAAAAAAAUUUCCAAAAAUAAACGUAUUACUCGUAAAUAUAUAAUCUUUGAGCAAAUAAGUAAACCAAUGCCUUGCUGGUAUUAUACGAAGAAGGAACUGCGUGAAACGCCGUCACUAAGAGAUGGCAUUCCGCCUGAAACGGAGCAGCGUUACAGAAAGGAAGGAGUCCGUUUCAUUAUGACAUGUGGUACAAAUAUGGGGUUGGGGCAUAAUACAAUGGCUACAGGAGUCGUUUAUUUUCAUCGUUUUUAUAGAUUUCGAUCUUUUAAAAGUUUUCCACGUUAUCUUACUGCUUGUUGCUGCUUAUUCCUUGCUGGUAAAGUUGAGGAGACACCGAAGAAAUGUAGGGAUAUAAUAAAAACAGCCAGAUCAUUGCUUUCUGACAGUCUUUUUUAUUCAUUUGGAGAUGAUCCUAAGGAAGAGGUGAUGACGUUAGAACGCAUUUUGUUGCAGACAAUUAAAUUCGAUUUACAAGUCGAACAUCCAUACAGUUUUUUAUUAAAAUAUGCCAAAUGUUUGAAAGGUGACCCACAACGACUACAGAAGAUGGUACAGAUGGCAUGGAAUUUUGUUAAUGAUUCUUUAAGUACAGUUGUAUGCCUGCAAUGGGAACCCGAAAUAAUUGCUGUAGCUCUCAUACAUUUAGCAAGUAAGUUAAGCAAAAUUACCAUUGCGGACUGGGUUGGCAGAACUGCAGAACAUCAACGAUGGUGGGACAUGUUUGUAUCUGAUGUAACAAUGGAGAUACUUGAAGAUAUAUGUCAUCAAGUGUUGGAUUUAUAUCAAUCAAAUCAGAAGAUUGUUAAUUUUGAUUCUAGUAGUCCGCCGCAGAAACCACCUAGUCGUGCAGAUAGUCCAGAUCAUAAAAGUUUACAAAACGGGCAGACGACCAUUAAUGCUACUAAAACAAAAAUGCUGACAAAUAAAACGAAUGACCAACAUGUGGUAAAUGCAGUUACAAGUAAUACUAGCGCUGAAAUAAAUAACAUUCAAACAAUUACAUCGCUAGCGAAUUCAAACUCAAUGUCUACAGAAUCACUAUCUGCUCCAGCGCCUAUUGCGACCUACCACUUAUAUCCCCCACCACCUCCACCACCGCCUCCACAAAUUCAUACAUUGCUGACUAAUGCUGUCUCUCCUCCACCACCUCCUCAGUCAGAGUAUGCAACAGGUAAUACUGCUUCAACAAGUAACGUAUCAAAUUUCGCAUCUUUACCACUUCCUUUACCAACACCACCAUAUGUAAUGGCACCGAACAAUAAUUGGGCACCUUCGCUAGCCAAUGCGCAUUAUGCCAGAGUACCACCACCAAUUCACAGACCUACAGGUCCUAUGCCUCAUGUCAAUAAUCGAGUUCCACCGCCAAUGCCUCCUAAUGCCAGUAGUGGAUUCUUUCAAGGAUCAAAUUUUGGACGUCAACCACGUUACUAGCAUUAUCGCGACACCACAUUCAAGUAAUAUAUAUACUAUAUAUAUGUAUACUAAGUUUUGAAUAUAUAGUACGUUAACAAGUUUAAUUUCAAGAUAUUAACUUUUAAAUAAAGGUUGUAAAACUAA